AUGUCGACCAUAUCUCAGGCAAUUAUCGACGACCACCGGGAGUUGGAACAAUACUACAAUGAAGUAGUCAACAAUGCAAACAAUCAUGAUCACCAGCAACGCUUCGGGAACCAGUUUAUUUGGGAACUUGCUAGACACUCAGUUGGUGAGGAGCUUGUCCUCUAUCCAGCCAUGGAAAGACACCUCGGGGCAGAGGGCAAAGAAAUGGCCGACUCUGACCGGAAGGAGCAUCAUUCAGUCAAACAGAUGCUCAAAGAGUUUCAAGAGAUGAGUGCCUCUGACUCAAACUACAUCAAUCAGUUGAAGAAGAUAUGGGGUCCACUCUCAGAACACAUCAAGGAAGAAGAAGAACGGGAUUUGCCUGCUCUUGAAAAGAAGCUCCAGUCUGCAGAAGGAGAGUCUGAAUCUAUGGCAAAGUCAUUUGAGAGGACCAAGCUUUUUGUGCCUUCUCGCAGCCAUCCUAGUGCUGGGGAGCAUCCUCCAUUUGAGACGGCAAUGGGGUUACUUGCGGCGCCGAUUGACAAGGUCGCUGAUUUGUUCCGCAAGUUCCCGGACAAAGAGAAGCUGUGA